ACAGUAGCUUGUUAGCCGCAGCCUCCAGCCUGUUGAAUAGAGUCAGCGGCGGCAGUUGGUCGCAGUUCCAGUUAAAGAACAAGUGAAAACAGUGCCGAGCUUCUCAGUUUGAGUCAUUUCAGUGAGGGAAGUGAUCCGUCACACUUACACAAGAACUGUUAACUUUAUACAUUGUUUUGUAUUUUUUUUCUUUUUUUUUCUCUUUACCGCCGAAACUGAAGCGAUGUGUUAAGAAUGAAAGCUGAUGAUGAGGAGCUGAAGGCGGUGCUGAGCUGCGUUUCCACACGUUUUUAUCAUCGUCUCCCUUGAGGACUGCGGACGCUUUUAUUCAUCGGCGGAGCGGCAGAAGUGAAGUUUCACAGAGCAGCCAGAGUGCACGAUGGGAUCUUUCCGGCGUCCCAGGCCUCGGUUUAUGAGUUCUCCGGUUCUGUCGGACCUCGCCAGAUUCCACGCCAGCUCACCCUCUCUACAGAUCUCCAACACCAGCGUGUGGAACAGCGUCCAAUCAGCUGUGAUCAAGGUGUUCCAGGGCGGAGCGCUGCAGACUAACGAGCUGUUCACACUUAACGAGAGCAUCAGGUGGCUCCUUAAAACUGAGAUGGGCUCCUUCAUCACUGAGUACUUCCAGAAUCAGCUGCUGACUCGAGGUCUGUCUGAAGUCCUGGAGCAGAUCCUCCUCCACUCUGGUGAGACUGGUGAGAAGCAGCUCGCCGCCCUCGCCGACAUGUGGGACAGAUUCUUCACAGAGACCCUCCCCACUCUGCAGGCCAUCUUCUACCCCGUCCAGGGUCAGGAGCUGACGGUGAGGCAGAUGGCUCUGCUGGCCUUCAGAGACCUGGUGCUGCUGAAGCUCCACCUUGAGGAAGCUCUGUUAACUGCAGCCUCCGUCCCCCCGCCUGUCACACAGAUGCUGCUGGUCCUGCAGGGUAUCCAUGACUCCGGUGGUCCCAGUUUGGAGUAUUACCAGUUGGAGCGACUGGUGCAGAUUGUUGUGUCUCCGUAUGUCAGCAACGUUCUGCACAACAGAAACCAGCUGCUGUUAGAGUCCCGUCAUUUCCGGCCGUCAGGGUUGUUGCUAGGCGACAAGUCCCAGCCAGAGAUCACCAUCACCCAGCAUCACAACUCCUCCGACUCGUCGUCUCUGGCUCCGCUGGUGGAGCAGGAGGGCGAGGCCUACCUGGAGAAGUGCGGCGGCGUGCGGCGCCACACGGUAGCCAACGCUCACUCUGACGUCCAGCUGCUGUCGGCGUCCAGCAGGAUGCAUGCCGGGACGGAGAAGGACAACGGGGUGGGAGGGUGCGAGGGAAGCGUGGAGUUUUUGGUCGGGGACGAGCCGAUCAGUCCCAGAGCUUUUUCCAGCCAACCGGACAUGAUGGAGUCUCCGAGGAGAGGAGUCAUCUGCCUUCCUCGCAGCUAGCCGGCGUGGCUCACGGGACAGCGGACAAAUGAGACGAUACAGGACGGAAAACUACAGGACGGGAUAACAGGAAACAGGACGGGGACAGGAAGACGAUAAACUGGAUAAGAAGAGAGGAAAUGAAACGGUGACACAAGAGAGGAAGCAAUAAAAUAGGAAAUUAAAGAACAGGAAAUACAAAAGAGGAAAAUCAUGUAGAAAGUCAGCAGGAAAAGAGACAAAACAGAACAAAAAAAUGAGGAAACAACCAGACGGGACCAGAGAGGAAGACUGGAAAACAGCAGAACAAACAGAAAACAACAAGACAGAAGAAGAAUCCAAAUGUCUUCAGAAGUUAUUUAUGCUCCAAACUGUGGAUUUUGUUCUUCAACACUUAGAUUGAAAUCGCUUUAGGAAGGGAAUUAUCUGCCGCCAGUAUGGACGGCGACCAGUAACACUUUUAAUAAUAUACAUACGGGCAUGUCAGUGUUGUUUUAAGGUACACUUGAAAAAACCUGUAAACCUUCCCUGUAAGUCUACAGAAGUGUGAGGAAGUGAAAGGACAGGAAACAGGACAGUGGAGGUGUUCGCACUAAUCUCAUCCGUCCCAGAGCUCCCAGCAGGAUGAGACCUCUGGACCUUUUACUGGGGAGAUGAUCUGAACAGCAGCCAGUGACUCUGCUGUUUAUUAAAGUUCUGAUCCAGAAUCAGACUCGGCGUCUUCAGGUUUGUAUAAACCCUGUGGACAGAAGCGGACUGCAGGUCCUGGUUCUGAUCAGACCUGUUUUUAGUUGAUGUAAAUAUGUUGCUACUGAAUAAUAAAGAUGAUGAAUUAAACUAAUUAAUGCACAAACUUUAAA